AUGAAUGAAAAUGGUAAGGAUGUUGAUGUGAAGAAGUAUAAAGGUAUGAUUGGUUCUCUUAUAUAUCUCACUGCAUCUAGGCCAAAUAUUAUGUUUAGUAUGUGUAUAUGCGCUCGUUAUCAAUUGUCUCAUAAGGAAUCUCAUUUAAAAGUUGUAAAACGCAUUCUUAUGUAUCUUCAUGGUACUUCUAAGUAUGGGCUUUGGUAUUCUAAGGAAAGAGAUUUUUAUUUGGUUGGUUAUACCGAUUACAAUUUAGCCGGUUUUAAAUCGGAUAGGAAGAGUACUAGUGGAACUUGCCACAUAUUUUCAAAUUCCUUAGUAAGUUGGCAUAGCGAGAAACAGGUUUCCGUUACUUUGUCAAUUGCCGAGGCGGAAAACGUAGCACCCGGUAGUUGUUGUGCUCAAAUUUUAUGGCUCAAACAACAACUACUCGAUUUUGAUAUUAAACUACAACGUAUUCUAAUAAUGUGCGACAACACCAGUGCUAUUAAUCUAAUCAAAAAUACGAAGCUACACUAUCGUAUUAAGCAUAUUGAGAUCCGUCACCACUUCUUACAUGACCAUGUUGAGAAAGGAGACGUCGUAUUUGAGCAUGUUAAUAGCAAAAAUCAAUUUGUGGAUAUCUUUACAAAAACUCUUGCGACUGAACCAUUUUUCAACAUUCAAAGGGAAUUGAGGAUACUAGAUAUCUCAAAUCUUACCUAA